CAUUUUGGCGGCAAUUGUUCUUUUCCCUACCAUUGACCCCCCAUCCCACCACUCCAACCCUCCCCAUUCAUCACUCACCACCAAACAAAAUGAUGGAGGAUCUUUUCAUGGACAUGGCUCGUGGAGCCGCGGGCCAUUUGGACUUCCUAUGGUCCGAUUAUCACCUCCAGUCGCUGGCAAUGGACCGUUCUGUGGAUGUGCAAUUCGCCACUCUUUCAUCAAACAACACCAUCGACCACCACCAACAUCACGCCCGGUUCUUGUCCUGUUCCACCCGUGGUGAAGGCUGGGGCCCUGUCUCCCCCGUCUACAGUGACUUCACGCCAUGCUUCGUGGCGGCUUUGUACCUUUUCUCGGCUGUUUUAACCAUCGGGGCCGGAGCUCAUCAAAUCUCCAUCCUUCGUCAGAGGAAGGCCUCUGGUGGCAAUAGAGUAGGUCCCAUCUUCUACUCCAAGUUGGCCCUUGUCAUCUUGCAAUUUGUCGUGUUAUCCAUCGCCGGAACAGGCUCCUCUUCGUCCCUCGACAUCAUCAAUGUGUCUGCCCUUGCCAACCUUGUGGCCGUCAUGGUGGCCCUUGGUCUCCAUUACAUUGAACAAUUCAAAACCGUGAUCCCCAAUGGUGUCCUUCUCUUCUAUUGGUUGUUCCAGGUCAUCCUAGGACUUGUCAAGUUUGUCAACUUGAAAUUGAGAAUCGAUUCCUCCCUGUCCUCCCUGCACCACGCUCUCGCUUUGAUUGGUUUGGCCACCGCUAAUGCCCUCAUCAUCCUCCUUGUAGAAUGUUACUUCCCACCAAGACCAAUCAAUAAACUCCCUUCAAAGUCCAAGGUCUCUCCCUAUGAUACCGCCAACAUCUUCUCAAGAAUCACCUUCCAUUGGAUGGCUCUGCUUAUGAAGAAAGGUUACAUUCAAUUCCUCACUGAGGAAGAUCUCCCCACCCUCCCUUCAGAACUUAAACUGAAGGCCACCACGGCUCAAUUCUCCCAUUAUUGGGAUAAACAACUCGCACAGCUGACCUCUUCACCUUCUCUCUUUUGGGCCAUCUGUCAAGCAUUCGGUCUCCCCUUCAUGGUUGGUGGCUUCUUCAAGUUUGUCCAGGAUAUCCUUGCCUUUGCCCAACCACAACUCUUGCGUAUGCUUAUCCGGUUCGUCAACGACUACUCCGAAUCCAAGAAGACCGGCGGUGAACCCCUCCCCUUGACCAGAGGGGUCAUGAUUGCCGUGUCGAUGUUUGUUGUGUCUGUCACCCAAACAGCCGCCCUCCAUCAAUACUUCCAACGUGGGUUCGAUCUUGGAAUGAAGAUAAAAUCCGCUCUUACCGCCAGAAUCUACUCCAAAUCGCUUGUUCUCUCCAACGAGGCCAAACUGCAAUCAAACACCGGGGACAUUGUCAACCUCAUGUCGGUAGACACCCAACGGUUGCAAGACUUGGCCCAAAACCUCCAGAUCAUCUGGUCUGGUCCUUUACAAAUCAUCUUGUGUCUUGUGUCUCUCCAUGGAAUUCUCGGUAAUUCCAUGUGGGCUGGGGUCACCAUCAUGUUGAUCAUGAUCCCAUUGAAUGCCGCCAUCGCCAAGUACCAGAAAAAGCUUCAAAAGACUCAAAUGAAGAACAAGGAUGAACGGUCACGUCUCAUUAGUGAAAUCCUCAACAAUAUCAAAUCUCUCAAGUUGUACGGUUGGGAACAACCUUACCUUGCCCGUUUGAACCAUGUACGUAAUGAAAAGGAAUUGAAAAACUUGAAAAGAAUGGGGAUUUUCUCGGCCAUCUCCAAUUUCUCUUGGAACUUCGCUCCCUUCUUGGUCAGUUGUUCCACCUUUGCCGUCUUUGUGCUCAUUGAAAAGGAUCGUAUGUUGCUGACUGAUAUUGUUUUCCCAGCUUUAUCUCUUUUCAACUUGUUAUCAUUCCCCUUGGCAGUGGUCCCAAUGGUGAUCACAAACAUUGUGGAAUCUCAAGUCGCCGUCACCAGAUUGACCAAGUUUUUAACUGGAACUGAGUUACAAAAGGAUGCUGUCAUCAGAAAUGGGAAAUCUGGUUCUGUUGGUGCUGUUCUGAUCAAAAAUGGAACUUUCCUCUGGACAAAGACCAAUGGUGAAGAAAACUAUAAAGUUGCCCUUUCUCAAAUCAAUUUGGAUGUCAAGACUGGCAAAUUGGAUUGUAUCGUUGGAAAAGUUGGUUCCGGUAAAUCUUCCAUCAUUCAAGCCAUCUUGGGAGAUUUGUACCGUUUGGAAGGUGAAGUCAAGGUUGAUGGAUCUGUAGCAUAUGUCUCACAAGUCCCAUGGAUCAUGAAUGGUACCGUGAAGGAAAACAUUUUGUUUGGUCACAAGUAUGAUCCUGAAUUCUAUGCUACUGUUCUCAAGGCAUGUGCGUUGAGUGUUGAUUUAAAGAUCUUACCCCGUGGUGACAAGACCGAAGUUGGUGAAAAGGGUAUUUCUCUUUCUGGAGGUCAAAAGGCCCGUCUUUCCUUGGCUCGUGCUGUUUAUGCCAGAGCUGACGUUUAUCUUUUGGAUGAUCCAUUAUCUGCCGUUGAUGAACAUGUUGGUAGACACUUGAUCGAUAAUGUGUUGGGACCUGAAGGUUUACUCAAGUCCAAAUGUAAAAUCUUGGCCACCAACGCUAUCCUGGUUUUGAGUAUCGCUGAUAGCAUCCAUAUGGUUAGUGACGGACGCUUGGUGGAACAGGGUACCUACUCUGCCAUCAUGAAGAAGGAAAAGUCUCAAUUGAAACUGUUGAUCGAAGAAUACGGUCGUAAGGCUAAGGAGACCCCUGAAAAGAACUCUGAUGACCAAGAAGAAAAGAACCUGGAUGCAGAAGAAGAAGAAUUGGAAGACCUCGAUGAAGAAGAACUUGCCAUCAUUCAAAAUGCUCGUGUCGACUUGAGAAGGGCCUCACUUGCACCAUUGGAAGACGAUGGCGCUGAUUCCGACUCCCAAUCCGAUUCAGAGGCCGAUAUUGAAGCUGCAAAUGCUAAAAAGGAACACAUGGAACAAGGUAAGGUCAAAUGGGAUGUCUAUCUCCAAUACGCCAAGGCCUGUAACCCCAGCAGAGUUUGCUGGUACCUCGGGUGUACUAUCUUCACCAUGCUCACAUCUGUUUGUUCUAACAUUUGGCUUAAGCAUUGGUCUGAAGUCAACACUGAAAAGGGUUACAACCCAAACAUCGCUCUUUAUCUUGGAAUCUACUUUGGCCUUGGUUUGCUCUCCUCAUCCCUCUCAUUGGCUCAAAACUGUAUUAUGUGGAUCUUCUGUACCAUUCAUGGGCUGAAACGUUUGCACAACAACAUGGCUGUUAGCGUUUUGCGUGCACCAAUGUCCUUCUUUGAAACUACCCCUAUUGGUCGUAUUUUGAACCGGUUCUCCAACGACGUGUACAAGAUCGAUGAGAUCUUGGGCCGUGUGUUUGGUAUGUUCUUCUCCAACAGUAUCAAGGUGAUGUUCACCAUUGUUGUUAUUUGUUUCUCUACCUGGCAAUUCACCUUUAUGCUUGCUCCAAUCGCCAUCUUGUACGUGUACUACCAACAGUACUACAUGAAGACCUCGCGUGAAUUGCGUAGAUUAGACUCUGUCUCCCGGUCCCCAAUCUUUGCCAACUUCCAAGAGUCCUUGAACGGUGUUUCGAUCAUCCGUGCCUAUGGACAACAAGAAAGAUUCCAAUACUUGAAUGAAAGCAGAAUCGAUCGUAACAUGAGUGCCUACCAUCCUUCAAUCAACGCCAACAGAUGGUUGGCUGUUAGAUUGGAAUUCUUGGGUUCUCUCAUCAUUUUAGGUGCUGCUGGUCUUUCCAUCAUGACUCUUUCCUCUGGUAGACUCUCUGCCGGUUUGGUUGGUUUGUCCGUCUCGUACGCCCUUCAAAUCACCCAAUCUCUUAAUUGGAUUGUUCGUAUGACUGUCGAAGUGGAAACCAACAUUGUUUCCGUUGAGAGAAUCUUGGAAUAUUCAAGACUUACCCCAGAAGCACCGGAAAUUAUCGAGGAUAACAGACCUGCUGCUCUGUGGCCAGAAGCUGGUGCCAUCCAAUUCAAGAACUACUCCACCAAGUACAGACCAGAAUUGGACCUUGUUCUCAAGAACAUCAACAUCAACAUUCGUCCGCAUGAAAAGGUUGGGAUUGUUGGUAGAACUGGUGCUGGUAAGUCUUCUCUCACAUUGGCUCUUUUCAGAAUCAUUGAAAGCUGUGGGGGUCACAUUGACGUGGAUAAUGUUGACACAUCCAAGAUCGGUUUAGCUGACUUAAGACAUAAGUUGUCGAUUAUCCCACAAGACUCGCAAGUGUUUGAAGGAUCCAUCAGACUGAACUUGGAUCCAACCGACCGGUCGACCGAUGAACAAAUCUGGCGUGCCUUGGAGUUGUCCCACUUGAAGGACCACGUCCUCAAGAUGUACGAAGAGGCUGACAACAAGGAUGAACUCAAAUCCAAGCUUGAAGUCGGGCUUUCGGAAGGUGGAUCCAACUUGUCUGUGGGUCAAAGACAAUUGAUGUGUCUUGCCAGAAGUUUGUUGAUCCCUUCACACAUUCUUGUGUUGGACGAAGCCACGGCCGCUGUGGACGUGGAAACCGACCGAGUCCUCCAAGAGACCAUCCGUAAGGAGUUCAAGGAUAGAACCAUCUUGACCAUUGCCCAUAGAUUGAACACCAUCUUGGACUCGGACCGAAUCAUUGUUUUGGACCAGGGACAAGUUGCCGAGUUCGACACUCCUGCCAACUUGUUGAAGAAGAAGGAAUCGUUGUUCUACGGCUUGUGCAAAGAAGGUGGGUUUGUCCACGAUGACUAAUUUAUUUAGAGUAUAGAGA